GAGAGAGAGAGAGAGAGAGAGAGAGAGAGAGAGAGAGAGAGACCUGUGCAAAUGAGCAAUCAGAGAGGAGAGGGAGACGAUGGUUCACGAGGGGGAGUGAGUUAUAGAUGCUGUGUGUGUGUGUGUGUGUGAGAGAGAGAGAGAGAGAGAGAGAGAGAGAGAGAGAGAGAGAGAGAGAGAGAGAGAGAGGAGAUGUGUGCAAAUUAGCAAGCAGAGGGGAGAGAGACGUAGAUGGUUCUGGAGGGGACAUGGAGAGGCCGGGGAGGGGAACACGCUGUUUCGCGUGUAAGAGAUUUUUAGUCUUUUUAGUGACGAGAGUUCCGACUGUUUCAAUUUUUACUGGAAUGCUUUUUCUUUUGAAUUUUUCUUUUCACCUUUUUUUAAUUUGCGGGCGAACGUGUUGCGGAGGGAAGCGAAACAAGAGCUUAGGGGCUGAUCGAAUGUGAUCGUGGGUUUCCAUGUAAUGCCCGUGAGUGAGUACGAGGCAGGUAGUAGAUCCGUUAUUUCGCGGUUUGCAGUUGUUCCUCGAGGAGGUUGGUUUCCAUUUAUAUGUGCUUUUAUUUAGUUCAAUUACCCUUUUUUUUGGUUGCGUUUUCUUUCUUUGUUUUCCUGUCAUCUGGCAGCGCUUAUUGAUUAGUGUCCUUCGUGUGUAAAUUUAGGAAAGAGUGUUAUGCUUUGCCGGUUUAUGUCUGAGGUAAGGAGGGAGGGAGGACGGUUUGAAGUGAGGAGGGAGGGCGGUCCUCCUGCGCGUCCUCCUGUACAGUGUUUGGCACAGCUUGGGGGUGUUGCAGGUACGGAGGGAAUUCGUAAUUGGCUUUGCUCGUUCAUAGGCAAGUCAAUCCCUGUACCGAAGGAGAGGUGUUGCAAAUGGCUGAAUGCAUCGGUUCAUUAUAUGUAGCGAGAGGACUUGGGUCCAUCACACCGUACCGGGACUGACCGAAUGCAUUCUUAUGUUAUGUGGUUAUAUGCGAGGCGGGCUUGUGAGUGGAUUGUCACUCAGAUGUCGGGGGGGGUGGGGGAUGUCGGACGGAAUCGUCCGUCCGCCUUUCGAUUUGUUAUGCCCAUGCCCAUCGAGAGAGAGAGAGAGAGAGAGAGAGAGAGAGAGAGAGAGAGAGAGAGAGAGAGAGAGAGAGAGAGAAGCUGGGCGUCGGUUUGUGUGACCGUCUGGAAUACGCUUAUGUUUGGGAGAUAUCAACUACGGAAGGUCAAUCGAGCUUUGAGCUUUGAACGUUAAGACUUCUGGCGCUUGCGAACGAACAAUUUAUAAUCGUCGUUCUUAUGUCUAUCAAUUGGUAUUCGUGUGGCGAACGCAGUCAGAAUUAUUUCGCGAAUUGUAAAUGUAAAA